UGCGGCAACGAGUCCCUACGCACCAUUUUGCGCUCUUCAUCAAGUAGAAAUCGGAAGAAGAAAAAUUGUAGGAAACAUAUCGCAAGUAUCGUUAUCAUGAAGUCGAGAUCUCAAGGGUCGAUAAUCGCGCUUAUCCUAGCAACGGUGUGUCUUGAAGUUCUACCGAGUCUUGGCCUGGAAAAGUAUUGGAUGGCGGACGUAGACUGGUCGAGCCCCGGUAAUUGGCUGGACGGAUUGCUACCCGAAACUGACACCCGAGUGAUAUUUCCGGUGGAGGCGAGACACGCAGUCGGAUUGCCGGGAAACGCAGAUUUGAGACUCGCGGGUAUCGAGUUGCCCAGAGACGGCAUCGUUGCUCUCACCGAAAAUGGAAAACUCACGGUAAGCGAGAAGACGAAGCUCCUUUCGAGGGAGUCCCACUGGCUUCGGGAGACGCCCUUCUUCUGGCUGGAUCCGCUCAACUGGAACGCAUCCUCGGAGGCAGCGCCCCACCUAGAGCGGCUGCCCUGCCAAGGGGACAUCGUCGUGCUCCCGGCGAACUCGAGGAUCUUCAGCAUACGAUUGCCGACGACUCGGGACGUGGAGGUAGCCGGCGUCAGGCUCGCCGACGACAACGAGACUAUCGCCGAAUGGGAAUGGAGCUCCAUGGCCGAGCGAUCCGAGUUCGUCGGGCCUCGAUUGAGCGUCAAAUAUAACUCAUUACUUGAAUGUGAAAAUUGCCAGUGCCAAGAAGGAGACUUAUCUGCAUAUGCUGAAGAAAUAUGUAGCAUUCAGCGAGCGAGAUGCGGCCCCCCCACUUGUGAAUAUCCCUUGAAGGUAGAGGGUCAUUGCUGCUAUUAUUGUGGCGGCAGAAUUCGUCUCUCCAGAAAAACUCUCUUAACCACCAUCCAGAGAGUGGUUAAAAAGGCUUUAAAAGGAUAUGAAGAUACACUUUUUUGGCAUUCGAGGCUAACGUGGGAUGGCAAUAACGAAAUUCUCAUCACGGAGAAAGGUGCUUACGAGGGUACCAACGUUAUAAUUGCCACUACACACGUCGAGUCCAGUUUAAAAGAGGAAGAAGUCGAGGUACUCUAUAGCGAGACAUCGGGUGGGCCGCUAUACGAUUAUCGACUCGCGGUCGCCCUGGGCCCAUUCCUCGGCGGCCUCCUGGUCCUCCUCGUCCUUCUCCUCUUACUCUGCCCGCUAUUUGGCUACUCCUGUACUCAAAUUUUGGAGGCUUGCCAAGAAGUUGCAGCUACAAUUUUCAUGGACAAACGUGUGAACGAUAGAAACAAGAAAUCUUUUGCUUUUGCUAGAUUCGAAAACGUAUCGGAAGGAGCAAUACAGUUAGCCGAAGAGGAAGAAACGCAUCCACAAUCUAUUACUGCUGAAAGAUUCGAAAAUCCCCUCUACAGAUCGAAAGAAAAAUUAAAAAGUCAGAAUACUCAAGAGAAAAUAAUAAAUCCUGAAGAGCCAAUAAGUUUGAUUGAACUUCAAAAAGCUGUGGCUGAGCCAAGUAAAACAGACGAAAUUGAAAUGGAUAUUGAAAAUUUAUAA